AUGAGCUCAUCGUCCAGAGAGGAGAGCAGGACGGAGAGCAGCAGAGCUCUGCACAGAGUUCACUCAGACAGAAAACAAGGACCCGUGUUGCUGCAGGGCUGCAGAGAGCUGCGACACAAACACCCCGAGCUGCGAGCAGGACACCACUCUGCACAGGAGAGCACUAUGGUUUGGUCUCGGGACCCGGGGGCGGAGCGACCCCCCCUCAGCAUGAUCCUGCCCAGGCUCUACCUGGGGGCGGAGAGUGACGUCACGCAGGAGCGGCUGGCGUCUCUGGGCAUUUCCUACGUGGUGAGCGUGAGCCGCUGCAGCCCCCAGCCCUCGUUCCUGCCCUGCUCCAGAUAUCUCCGCAUCCCCAUUGACGACUCCCUGUGGGACGACCUGCUGCCCUGGAUCCCACAGGCGCUGCACUUCCUCGAUGCAGCCAUGUCCUCCGGAGCCUCCGUGCUGGUGCACUGUGCUGCAGGAAUCUCCCGCUCCCCGGCCCUGGCCGUGGCCUACGUCAUGUACAGCCGGGACCUGGACCUGGACCAGGCCUACAGGUUUGUGAAGGAGCGCCGGCCCUCCAUCUCCCCCAACUUCAACUUCCUGGGUCAGCUGCAGCACUUCCAGGGGGCCCUGAGCCAGCGGGCCCCCGGGGGGGACUUCUCCAUGCCCCCCCCGCCUGCUGACGGCAGAGCGGGGAGCCCCGGGUGCAGCCGGGGGCCGGACCGAGGGGCGGACCGAGGGGCGGAGCGAGGGGCGGAGCGAGGGGCGGACCGGGGGUCUGCACGCGCUCACAAGGACUCCACGCCACACACACCUCCACCUCCAGGUGGAGACCAGCAGCACAGACUCUGUCCUCCUGAUCUGAGCCUCUGUCCAAACCAGCGGCGCAGCCACAACACAUGCCAGGGGCCCGGUUCCGGCCCCCCCGAGCCCCUCAAAAAACCCACACAACUACAACUCCCAUCAGCCCCGGCGUCUCUGCUGGAGAAGCGGAGGAGCCUCACUCUUUCUCUGACGCCUCUGGGAACGGGCCCCGCCCCUCCCACCUCAGACGCGGUCUGUGUCCCUGGCAGGGGGCAGGAGGAGGGGCCCCGGAGCGGCGGCGGGGCCGGGGGCCACGGGGGCCACGGGGGCUGCAGGACCCAGCUGAGGGAGCCGGGCCUGCUGUCGCCGCUCAACGUCACGCUGAACAAACUGCUGGGCUGGGGGGAGAGGCUGCUGCUGGGGGGGCUGUUCGCCCAGCCCGUCAGGAUGGGGACCCCCGCGCUGCCGUACAGGUGCUGAGGGGGCCCCCACCCCUGGGACACACAGACACGCUCACACAACCCUCCUCCUCUAUUUAUGUAUUUAUUGAAGAGAUGAACAGGAGAAAACACCAACGCUUCACACUGAGCUGGGAACUUUACUCCUGGAAGAUUCACUUAUUCUAACAGGUAUUUUUCUGCGUGUGGAGGGUUGUAGCACCCUAUAAUGUGAAAAUGUAAUAAAAUUUGCAUUUAACUCAAUCGAAAAUGUAAUAAAAUCCAAUAAUGUAAUAACUUCACCAAUAAUGUAAUAAAAUAUCCGGACUAAUAUUGUAAUAACAUUUUUACCGAUAAUGUAAUACCUUAUUACAUUAUUGGGAAUUUAUUACAAUUAGAGGUGGGUCUUUUUUUUUUUUUCCAAAACUGAUAAUGUAAUACUUGACAAAUAAUGUAAUAUAUAUGUUCACUUUCAGUCCAAAGUUCUACAUUUUGUGUUUUAAGAAUCUAAGAAUGUUGUAUACGCUGGAUUUGAAACACCAGAAUGACUAUUUGGUUAAAUUGCAGACUUUGAGUACCAUGUAAUAAACUCCCAAUAACCUAAUAAGGUAUUACAUUAUUGGUAAAAAUGUUAUUACAAUAUCCGUCAGGAUAUUUUAUUACAUUAUUGGGGAAGUUAUUACAUUAUUGGGUUUUAUUACAUUUUCGAUUGAGUAAAGAGCAAGUUUUAUUGCAUUUGCAGGCGUUAUUACAUUUUCAGGAAAUUAUUACAUUAAAGGGUGCUACAAGGGUUCUUUUUGAGAGCGGUGGUUCAGAGUCUCGGCGUCCAGAUGCUGAGUUCCAUCAAACGGAUCUUCAUCAUCAUCAGCAGCAGGAAACCACCAGAGGAACUCUGAGAAGUGAAAAACAGGACUCAAAUCAGAAUCCACUCUUGCAAAUGUCAUGAACUCGUAUUUCACUCAUUAAAGAUCACGAACGCUAAAAGUGAAGCGUUUUACCUGCUCAUGAACAAUAAAAGCUCAUUUUGAAUUUGAUGGAAGCAACACAUCUAAAAAACUAAAAACUUUGGAGAUGGUCAGGAUCAGGCAGGUGGCACUAACCGCUAACAUCUGGAGGAACAUCUGCAAACAAGGAGGCCAAUUAUCAGCAGGUCAGUGACAUGACAGCCAGCUCCAUCUGCUGUCCUCAGCUCCGUCAGCCUUCCUCAGCUCCGUCAGCCUUCCUCAGCUCCGUCAGCCUUCCUCAGCUCCAGAUCCAGCGCUGCUGAUUGUAGUGAACGUCACGUGUUGCUGCAGUUCAAAACCACCUGUUCUUUCCCCCUCAUUUUGAACAUGAACCUGUUUGCUUUCUGCAC